AUGCAGGAAUCGCGGUGGGUUUCCUGUCCCCAGCUCUUCGCUGCCUGUUGCCCGAGCCUGAACACGCGGAAGCUUUCUCCUUUCACCUGCGGGGUCAUUUCAAAGCCCGGCGGGCGGGUGACGCGCCCGAACCCCGGGGAGACCUGGACACCCCGACCCAGCGCCACGUCUCCCGCUGCCGGGACAGGGCGACAGCGUCUCGUCCGGCGAAUCCUGCCCGGGCCGCUCGCCCAGCCCCCGCCGCGGAGCCUGCUGGGAAAUGUAGGCGAAGGAGACCCGCCCGCCCGGCGGCGGAGAGCGGGGAGUGGGGGCGGCACCCGCGGCGCAGCGCGGGCGGAGGCGACGAGCCGGGGCCAUCCCCAGCGCGGGCGGGCGGGCGAGCGCCUGGCCCCCUGGCCCCCCGACCCCGUCCCUGCCCCAGCGCCGCCCGCGUGGGCGACGAGACGCCGAGACCCUCUCGCGGCGCAGAACAGCGCGGACAAGGCGGCGACCGCGGAGCCUUCUGGGAUGCGCACAUCCGGGUUCCGGCGCAUGCGCAGCCGCCUCAAGAUGGCUGCCGCCGGCCGGCAGUGGUCUGUCCUGAUGUCCUCCUGUGUCCUUGUCAUCAUUUGUCAUUUUUGCAGUAGCCUCACUGUGGCACCCAGACCUUGGUCAGCCGAGAGUGUUGAAGCGGCCAGUGUGCAUCGAAGAGAAGAUGCGGGGUGGGGAUGAGUGCCUGCGUUCUGGACGGCGCUGUGACUGCCUCUACACUUCCUUCCCCUAAGCAAACAUGCCUUCUCCCAGCUUGCUGCAGGCAUUUAGUGUCAUUCUGCUCUAAGUACCCCAGCUAAGCACGUCUGCCUCCAGCAUCAUGCGGGAUGUUCCCACGCAGGGCAGCAAAUCCAGCCCCCUCAAACCAGGCCCAUCUGAUGUUAGCAGUGCCCCCUGCCCCCCCAUCUUUAUGACCAUCAAACACGUCAGCAGUUUCCAGCUGCCCCGGGAGGAGUACUGCCAAGGUUGAGAGCCCCUGGACAGAGUCUGGGCUUAGCAUCACUGGUGCAGGUCUAGAAGGCUUAAAUCGGGUGGGUGUAGCUGGGGUUCUGGUGGAUGUAUUAGUGUCCUAUUGCUCAGUAACAAAUCACUCCCAAACUUAGCAGCUUAAAACAAUACAUAUUUAGUAUUUCACAAAUUCUGAAUGUCAGGAAUCCAAAAGAGUCUCAGCUGAGUGGUUCUGCUUCAGGGUCUCUCAUGAGACUGUGGUCAGGUGUCAGCAGUGCUGCCGUCGUCUGAACCCUCUCCCAAGCUGGCUCAAGUAGCUGUUGGAAGGGGGCUUUAGUCCUUGCCACAUGAAUAGAGCUCUCAAUAGGGUCCCACAUGACGUGGCAACUGGCUUCCUCCUGAGUGAGAGAGCCAUGAGAGGAGAUGGCUAGCAAGAACUCUGAAGAAGAAAGCUGUGCCGGUUUAUGUUUAUUGUGUGCCCCAGAAAGUCAUGUUCUUUGAUUCAGUCUUGUGUGGGCAGACGUAUUAGUGUUGAUUAAGUUGGAACGUUUGGAUUAGGUUGUUUCCAUGGAGAUGUGACCCACCCAACUGUAGGUGAUGACUCU